UUAUAUUUUGUGCUCGAUCUAUUCGUUAGUUUUAUCCCGUUUUCUGUGUCUCAUCUGUGUCGAUUCGAACGUGUUUUCCUCAUUGUCCAUCGCUUUAUCGGAAGGAUCAUUCUGCGGUACAUAAUGUCGACCAGCGCUAAGGUAAAGGGCUUGGCAGUGUUGAGCGAAGCAGCAGCCGGAGCAGCAGGGAGCAGCAACGCUGCCAUGCUGCCCUCGCCGAUCAUCAAAAAAAUUUCACCGAACGGUGCCUGCACGCAGGACGUGUCGUUCGAGGCGUACAAACAGCCAAAGAACAAAUCCAAACGGCGCAGCUUCUCGCCGAUGGUACACCAGGCACCGCUGGCAUCGCCCGACCUGUCGCCAAUCGAAAUGAGCGAAAAGUUCGGUUUAUCGCCACGGCUCAACACACCGCGUACCGUACCACACGUUGGUGGCUACCAGCCUGGCAAACCACUUCUUCUAGCUAAACCACCGAAACCGAGAAUGCACAAAAAACUGUCACCGAAGGAAGAUUCGGGGUUAUCGACGCCCGUGGUGAAGCGUGAGCUGGAGCACCGCAUCUGCGUGUCGAACAUCCUGCAGGACAUGGGACUGUCGAAGUACAUACGCAUCUUCACCAACGAAGAGAUCAACUUCGAGGUGUUUCUCACGCUAUGCGAAAAGGAUCUGCACGACAUUGGCAUCCACUGUCAGGAGGAUAUCGAGAAGAUUCUGGCUAAAAUUACCGAUUACAAUAUGAGUGGAGAUGCUUGAGAGGGUCGUCGUGCUUCCCGUCCACCGUGUGAUUGUUAUGUUUCCUUCAUUUUGCUUUUAUUAAUAAGACGAAACAAUAUUUAUAUUU